AUGCCAGCGAAUGAGAAAUCACCCCAGAGAUUUCCUGCCUUGAAUCCAGAAGAAUCUGGUAGAUUUAUUGAGGGAUCUGGGUCAUUCCAAGAUGUGGCUGUGUAUUUUACCUGACAGGAGUGGCACAGGCUACUACCUGAGGCUACUACCCAGAGGAAUAUGUACAAGGAUGUGAUGCUGGAGAACUACAGCCACCUGGCAUUUGUAGGCCUCUGCAUGGUCAAAGCAAACAUGAUCUUCAAGUUGGAGUAGGGAGAACUCUGGAUAUUAGAUAAGGAACCCUCAGUCCAUGCUUACUCAAGACCUCUGUUAUUGCUAUGUGGCAAAAGCUCUUUUGUGCUGGAGAACAUUUUCCUGCAUCAAAGCAUUCAAACUUUAAAUAGAAAUGUUGAUUGUAACAGAUGCAGGGAAAACUUCCAUGAAGAAACAGGCUUUGUUCGACAUAAAAGGACUCAUACCAGAGAUAAAAACUUUGAAUGUCAUGAAUGUGGAAAAGUAUAUUGCAGGAAAUCUAACCUUGUUGAACAUUUGAGAACACAUACAGGGGAGAGGACCUAAGAGUGUGGUGAAUGUUCGAAGACCUUCAUUGCUCAUCAGAAAACUCACACAGGAGAGAGGCCCUUUGAAUGUCAUGAAUGUAGAAAAUCUUUUGGCAGAAAGUCACAACUCAUUCUACAUUGCAGAACACAUACAGGAGAAAGGCCCUAUGAAUGUACUGAAUGUGGGAAAACCUUUUCUGAGAAGGUAACCCUCACGAUCCACCAGAGGACUCACACUGGUGAGAUAUCUCAUAAAUGUAAUGAAUGUGGUAAGACAUUUUGUGUCAAGAUAUCGCUCACUCAACACCUGAAAAUUCACAGAGGGACAAAACCCUAUGAAUGUGGGGAUUGUGAGAAAAACUUACGUGCAAAGAAAUCUUUAAACCAACAUUGAAGAAUUCACACAGGUGAGAAACCCUAUGAGUGUGGAGAAUGUGGGAAAUUCUUCUGAAUGAAAAUGACUCUCAGUAAUCAUCAGAGAACCCACACAGGUAAAAAAACUUAUCAUUGUAAGGAAUGUGGAAAAGCUUUGCAGGUGCACUCAUCUCUGGAAAUCCAUCAGACAAUACGUACUGGAAAGAAGCCCCAUGAAUGUAAUGAAUGUAGAAAUGCUUUCUAUGUGAAAUCCCAUCUCAUUGAGAAUCAGCGUAUGCAUUCAGGAGAGAAACCUUAUGAAUGUAGUGACUAUGGGAAGAUCUUUAGCAUGAGGAAAUCCCUUCGUCAACACAAGAGAACUCACAUUGGUGAGAAGCCUUAUGACUGUAGUGAGUGUGGAAAUGCCUUUUAUGUGAAAGUGAGUCCCACUAAACAUCAGCGAAUUCAUACAGAAUAAAGGCCCUUUGAAUGCUUGGAAUGUGGAAAGGGCUUCUGUCAGAAAACCCACCUCACAGAACACCAGAAAACUCACUUGGGCUGAUCCUUGCUUUGUGCAUUGGAGAAAGCUUCUCCCUGA